AAUGGAGACUCCGGAAGAUGGAGUCGACAAAUCUCAUGCCCAGGAAAAGGGCACUGUGGGAUAUCUAGCGACAUGAUGGGUGAUAUUGAGUCUUCGUAGGAUUUACAUUCCAUUGACGUCUCAUCUUUUUGGGCCGUCGUUAUAGCCAUUGACGCUUAUCCGUCAUAUCCAUUCAGCAGCUUUGUAGCAAACGCUCUACUGAUGGAAAAUUACUUGGUCGAAGACCUCGAUGUACCUAAACAUCGUAUGCAGCUCCUUCUCGGUGCGACCCAUGCCCUUCCCGACGAUCCACGUAUCCCGUCCCGCGACAACAUUGUACAUGUGCUUCAUAGUCUGGUCAACAACCCAGAAAUCAACCACGGGUAUAACAUCAUUAUCUACUUUGCCGAACGUGGCACCAGCUACUCGUAUUCUGACUGGGAGGAUAAUUCCUACGAUGCCGAUCGCUGUAGUGUCCCGUUCUCACAAUGGGAAAGCAUUUAUGCUCUCUGCCCCAUGGACCGCGACUGUCCUGACAGCGACGGAGAUCCAGUUCCUGAUAUCAGUGAUCGAGAGUUCAAUUCCAUACUUACUCAAAUCUCUCGCUCUAAAGGACACAGAAUUAUUGUCAUUCUAGAUUGCUCUCAUGCGGGUACUGCGACUAGAUACUUCCCGGACGCAGGCGUGCGCUCUGCACUCCCACUGAUCCACGCACUCAUACGCAUGCUCCGUGCUGCAGAUGAGAGUACGAAACGUUUCCCUGCCGUUCCCUAUGUGCUGUCGAAGGACUGGGUCCCCGACAUGUCUUCUCACGUUGUUCUAGCAGCUUGUAGGGAAUUUCAGUUUGCGAAAGAGAUGAAAAGUGGGGACGGGUACUAUGGGCUCUUCACGCAGUUGCUUGUUAGGACCCUUAGGCAGGAAGGCUCGAAGCAAUUGACGUAUGUUGAGCUCCUCUUUGCUAUACCUCCCUUUCUUGUCCAGACACCUGUCGUGGCCGGGAAACAUGACUGUAAAACUUUGGUAUCAAGAUUAAUGUACCCGCUCAAUGGCAUAUUCAUUGAUUGGCGCUUCACUUAUCAAGUUGCUUAACUGG